CGAGUGACACUUCCGUUAAAAUAAACGAAAACAUUUUCUUCUCCACCACACGAUUUCUAUGCUAAUCAGCUUAAGAAUUAGAUUAAUGGAAGAAAUCUUUACCCCAGUUGGAGAAUCUCUCUUGGCCAAGUCUCUAGAGCCUCUCCACACAUUCAACUUGUAACUCUUUUUUUCUCUCUGUAUGUCGCUUAAAAAGCUAAACAACUUUCUCUCAUGGAGUCGCUGCUUACAUCAUCAAGCUUAUCUCUUUGCCCUUCUUCUCCUCUCUCCUUCGUUAAGCUACCUUCUUCUAUCCACCACAACACCAUCUCCUUCUCCUGUAAAGCCUCCUCGAAUCCUACACCUGAUUGCAAUGCAAAGCUUAACACAAUCAUCAGAACGGUUAAAGGGCUUUGGAUGUUGCGUUUUCGAGCUUACAGAGACGAUACGGCGGCGUUUUCGGAACAUUUCGCCGGAGAUUUGAAGCAGAACGGUGGUUUAGGGAUUGCUCUUCUGAGCAGUCCUUUCGUGGCGACGCUAUCGGCGAAUCCGACGUUCGUGUCGGCUGUGUUCGCGUGGUUCUUUGCGCAGACGAGUAAAAUGGUUAUUAACUUCUUCAUUGAGAGGAAAUGGGAUUUGAGUUUGUUGUUUGCUUCUGGUGGGAUGCCUUCUUCUCACUCGGCUCUGUGUAUGGCCUUGACGACCUCUGUUGCGCUUUGCCAUGGCGUUGCGGACUCGUUGUUUCCGGUUUGUUUAGGGUUUAGCUUGAUUGUCAUGUAUGAUGCUAUUGGCGUUAGACGUCAUGCCGGUAUGCAAGCUGAGGUUCUGAACUUGAUUAUAAGGGACUUGUUUGAAGGACAUCCCAUUAGUCAAAGAAAGCUAAAGGAGUUGCUUGGUCACACUCCUUCGCAGGUUCUUGCAGGAGCAUUAGUUGGUGUUGUGAUUGCUUGCUUUUGUUGCCAAGGCCCACCUCGUCUCAACCUAAGAUCUCAUUAAGUUUUUUUUUUUCUUAUUCGGUUCAAGUUCUGUAUUAGUAGAAAAAAACUCUGUGCUUUGAGUAUUGCUUGGCAACAUGAUUUGGCUAAGAUUUGUAGUUGUAUCAUAUGUUGUGUUCAACUAUAGAGAGAACUCUUGCAAAUGCAAUGAUACCUUUGUUUCAUCUGCC